AUGGCGUUUGGAGCUGGUCAUACCUUCAGUACGGACAUUAGCUUCAGUCAAGACACCCUGUUGGAGAUCACACCCGACGACGUGUGUCACUGGAUGAAUUUUCGCGCGUUUGGAGACGCCAAUCCUGCGGAGGACGCAAAACCGGUGAACGCCCGUGCGUCCACCUUGGAAUACGCCAAGAAAGCGAUUUCCUCUUUCAUGCCACGCCGCACAGUUCCUUGGGGCCCUAUUCGCAACGAAGGGAAUCCAACUCGCUCAGAGACUGUAAAUGCAGUAAUUAAGAAGGUGAAGCGAUGCGAGGUACGACGAGAAGGAGUCCAAUCGGCAGCUAGGCGUCCGAUCGAGUAUGGUGAAUUUCUUAAUCUACUGGAUCAAGUUCACACGGGAAACGGCAAGGGUUCACUGAAGUAUUUAGUCUGUGCUGUGCUCACCAUGCAAUGGCACCUCAUUGCACGCAUUGACGACAUGAUGAAACUGAAGUUCGAUAGCUUUUCGUGCAGCAUUCACCACCCAGGUUCAUUGAUUUGUCAAUUGCGUUGGUCGAAAAAUAUCUCAGAGGAGCGGGACGCACCGGAACAAAUUGUGUUAGGCAGCAUGGAUCCUCGGCUUUGCGCGCUGCUCAACUUGGCAAUACAUGUGGAGAUGACGGAUAAAGCAGCACUUUCACCGUUUGUAUUUGGUAAUCCACAAGACGGAGAUCGCGUCGUCCGUCGUUUUCUGCAAGACGUUUUUGAAGGAACCGACUUUCACAAACUCAAAGCAGGCAAUUUGGGUACACACAGCAUGAGAAAAGGCGCAGCUACUUAUGGUAGUCGAACUGGUCUACCAAAGGACUACGUUAAUCGCCGUGGAAGGUGGCGUACCCGAAAGAGUGUUGUUGAUGUCUACAUUGACAACACACAACCCUAUCCAGACGCCAUUGCUGCAGGGGUGUUGGCUGGACCACUGGGUCCAUGCUGCUACGUUCUCAAAGAUGGUGUCCAAGUUGUAACAAAUGACCUGCUAGUCAAACAUGUAGGUCCUGCGCUUAAGGAGGCCGUAGGUGAAGAGAUGGCUCGGGUGCUCGCGUUGCCGCUCCUUUGGGCAGCAUUAGUGCCGCGUGGAAGUUUUGACUAUGAAAUCAUUCCAGCUGCUCUUAAGCGGCGCAUUAUUCAAGCCUAUUUAGGUGUUGGUGGGAAAGAAGACGUCAAUGUUGUGGAACGUGUACCCAUUCACGUUGUUGGUGAUGGUGCUCAGCUUCAACUCGUCGAAGUACAUGAUAAUGCUGGUGAAAAUGGCGUUUUGGAUCGCCAAAAUGGCGGCUUGACUGCUGACAGCACUCGCAAGGAAUUCGCUUCGAUUCACUCUCAAUUAUUCAGUUUACAGCGACAAACGGCAAAUUUGCUGAACGAAAUUCUUCGCUCUCGCACAGAGAGACAGCGGGAAAAUCAAAAGAUUCUGGCAGUGAUUCGACGUAUAGCCCUGCAACCUGUAGUUCGCACGAUACACCCUCGCUCCUCAGCAAAUGGAGGUGGAGACGGAGUAGAAGAAGAAGGUUCCGUCGUACUUCCGCGUGCAAUGCUCUCAAAACGACCGAAGGAUCUCUACGAACUAUGGGGAGAGUAUGAGUUCGGAUUGAACGGAUUGAAACCGGCAAAAGAGUUCACAGCAGCUGAGCGUGGCGCCAACAAAUUCGCGUAUUCUCGCCGCAAGGUAUUCUGGGAUGUCGUCAGUGCAUUUGUUCGCACAGGCUUCACCAGCGACGUCGCCAUUGAUAAAAUCUACGCUGCUUACGGCCGGCAGCUAUCCGUGACUCGAAUUCUUGCUGCACUCCGCACUGACAAGCACCAAGGUGGUCAUCCCUCGCUGCGUUUGUAAUUUCUGCCAAUAAAAUUCAGGAAUCUAAAGUUUCACCAAUCA